AUGUCGUUGUUGCAGGAUCAACUCAAGCGCCUUGGUACCGCCGAUCUACGCAAUGUGACCGAGAUCUCUCGACGACACAAGCCCUCGUUGUUGUUCAACUCUCGGGAAGCUGCCGAUUACGAUCUGGAGACGAUCUAUUCCAUCGCUCACAAUGGUAUUAUGGAGUUGACCAUUCUCGACGAAAAGUUUGGUCCAUUUGAGAAAACGCUCUUUUCAGAAAGCAUGAAGAGUGUCGAUCGCGUCCUUCAGACGGCCGAAGAAAAUGCCAAAUUGGAUGCCAGCAUUGCAGCCUUUUUGCAACAAUUGUCACCCUAUUUCUUGUUAAAGCCAGCAGCCAAAGCCAUGGAAUGGUUGAUUCGUCGCUUCCGUGUUCAAGAUUUCAACGUUGAAGCUGUCCUUGCAUGCAUUCUUCCAUAUCACGAGACCAAGCUCUUUGCUCAAAUGGUGUCCUUGUUGGAUAUCAAGGAAAACACGUCGUGGGCAUUCUUGUUACCUAUCAAGAAAAGUGGCACUCCUUUGGAACGUUCCUUGUUGGUGAAGCGCGUUGACAAGAAUCGCUUGGUUUUGGACUUUGUAUGCAACACCGUAUCCAAGACAACGGUGCCUUUCAAGACGCUUUACUCGUUUUAUGCAGCUACAAUUACUGAAUACAUCAACACCACGUAUCGUGUUGGCGAGAACAUCGUGACAGCCCUUCUUCCUCAUAUCUUUGAUGGUUUCCGUGCACACGACAUUCCAGAAUUCCAAAUCGCCAGCUAUAUGAUCAUCUCUCAACUUGCCGCACGGACCGCCUUUAGCAGCUCGUCCUUGGUUACCAUCACCAAAUCCAUCUUGAAGCAUCACAAUGAGGCAUGCUUUGCUUAUGCUUUGCUUACCAUUGUCCACCUUGCUCAAUCCCAAGAAACCUUUGGACGUCUCAGCGGCUCAUCCUAUAAGCGCCUCCUCGCUCAUCCUGAAUUUGUAAAGACACUUCAAGAUAUCGCUGUCAAGUACAAGACCGAUCGUUUCAUGGCUACCUUGUUGCCUGCACUUUGCAAGGUCGAUGCAUUCACCGAGGAUAAGGCUGCUUUGAUCAAUCAAUUGAUUCUCGAUGGCAUCUUAUCGGGAGACAAUGUCCGCUUGUUUGUCGAGUCGACGAUCGAUGUUUACAUGUCAUUGGAAGAAGAUGAAAAGAAGAACCAGUACAUUCAACAACUUCGUCCUUUGUUGGUCAAUGUCUCUCAACGCUACAUGGAAGAUCUCGACACCGUAUUGGAAACCAAGUUGAAGGACUCAGAUGGAAAGGGUGCACUCUAUGAGUUUGCCUCUGUCGGUUUCAAGGGUACAUCUCAUGAAGUGGUACAAGAAGCCAACACCACCUUGUAUCUUUGCCUUCACAGCCCUUCACCAUCAGCUCGUCUUUUGGCCGUGCAAAAGUUGAUCAGCAUUAUGAACGAUACCAACAGCCCCUUGGCAAAGUCAUCGGAUGUGAUUGAAUCUGCUUUGGCUGAAAGUCUUACGGAUUUCAAUGAUCUCUUGUUAUAUGCUGUCGCCGAAAUCCCCGAUCAGCUUAUGGAUUAUGUUCCCGCCGAGACCAUCAUUUCCAAGUUGUCCACCUUGUUGCAUGAGAGCAAUGCCAUGAAACGAUCGGAAGCUGUUGUCGUUCUCAAGUUCCUUUUGUGUGAUUUGGCCAAGCGAUAUGCAGUGGUGUGUACCGAUGUAGCACGCUUGUUGGCUCUCUUUGCUAUCACUGCCCCUGCAAAGUUGGUCAAGAGAUUGUUCAAGAGCAUUGAUGAUACGGUGAUCUUCUCGAGUCAAGUCUUGAAUGACAAGGUGCAACAUUUGAAGGAAGCUUUGAAAAUGCCAGCAAAGGAUAAGGAGACUCCAGUGGCCAAGACAUUCAUUCAACUCGAAGCCAACAAGAUCCCUGACAAUGAAUUAUCCAUUGCUUUCUGGACCGAACUCGCUAGCAGCAAGGAAAUCAUGGACAAGGUGGUUGCUAUGCUUGUGCUCACCCAAGCCAUCACGCUUCACCCUGAAGCUUCGACGUUCAUCAACCGUGCUUUGGAGACAGUGCUUGCUUCCCUUUCCAAACAAGAGUUGGCACCUAUUUACAACGUGGAUUAUGCUGACAACUUUGCAGCUGAAGACAAGUCCCUUUCCGAUAAUGCCCUUAUCAAUCUUCGCCAAGUUACAAGCGUCAAGGAUAAGAUGUUCAUCAACCUUGUACAGCACAUCUUCAUUACAACAGCAUCAUCCUUGAAACGACCUGCAGCUGCUAUCGAUUGGUUCCUUCUUGAUAAGAAAUCAUCCACCAAUGCAUAUGCAUCAGCCCUCACCCACCUCUUCCGCAUCUUCACCGGUGGAUCAUCUCUCGGUUGUUUCGAAAGUGUGGUUCCUGUAUUGAUCUCGCAACAUCUCAAGGAUGAUUUGGUUUCCUUUUUGAUUAGUGUGUGGAGCUCACCUGAUGAAAGCGAAUUGGUACGAGCUCGCGCAUUGCAAAUUGCCAAGUUGUAUAUUGCAUCUUAUGCUACCAAGAAUGCACCUGCCAUGGAUUUCCAACACAUUUUGCCUGGUCUUUUACCUGCCUUGUACGAUGAAUCAACACUUGUGCGUGUAGAAGCCAUUCAGACAUUGCUUGUGGUGCGUGCUGCUUAUGCACAUGCUGGAUUACCUACAGGCGAACGUCUUCGUGAAUCACAAAAGACCUCUGACUCUGGUGCUGCCAAGAAAUGUGCUAUCAUCAGUGCCAACACCGUCUACGCAGCGGAUGCCAUCAAGAUUGCCGAUAUCAAAUCCAAUGAUGCAGCCCACUUUGUUGAGUUUAUUGCUGGUCAUGCUCGUGAGAUGAAGGAGGAUCCCAACUACAUCUUCAUCCUUAUUCAAGACUUUAUUCGCUUGUCUGAAACCUCCAAGGACCGUCAAAUCACAGCACGUUCCAAGCACAUUUUGGAUCUUAUUCUUCACCAUAUCAAGGUUGUCAGCAGCGACAAUAUCCGUAUUCCUUUGUUGCAAUUGUUGGAUAAGGUUGAGACGUCUCGCAAAUUGGAGAACUUGUCACCUAUUCUCUCAUCGACCUUGGACAGCCCUCGCACCAAGGAAUCGACUCAAUUGGUGGAACUUCUUGUUCGAUGCUUCGUGCCAAGCAAUGCUUCUCACUUUGGUGCCAAGGCUGACAAGACUUUGGAUAUCUUUUUGCGUCUUCUUUCCAACUCGGAUACCUUGGAAGGUGAAGAUGAAGAUGGCUGGCAAGCAUCCACACGUCGUUUCGCACUCAAGCAGAUCACACCAAAGUUCUUUGCCACAGCCAAGGUGGUUCCUCAACGCAGCUUGUUCAAUUCUUUGAUUGAUAUUGCAACCAAUGGCGAGCAGAAUGAUGUGCGUGUGACCAAAAAGAUUUUGGCCGACAUUGAUAUCCCUGUCAAGCUUAUUGAGGAACGUCUUGUUGCAUUUUCACGCUCGUUGUCGGACUCGGGUGCAGAGAUGGAGAGCGUCAAACGUGCUCGUAAGACAAAGGAUGCUGCUAAAACGCCUUCGCCUUCCGUUGACUUGUACGAAUUGGUUACUUUGCUUGAGCUUAUCGAAUCAAUCACCAUCAACAACAAUGCCGCAUUGAUCAAGCCAUUGUUUGAUGUGCUUGCCGCCAUGAUCAAUGCCGAUUUACGUGAUGCCCCUGUUUCCCUCGAAUACAUCAGCCAAUUGAUCAUGUCAUCCUUGACCCGUAUCAUCCGCUCCGUCAAGGACCAAAACCUUCAAGUCCAAGAAUCCAUCCUUCGUGUCGAUGUGGUUGUGCAAUGCAUCCGCACUACUGGCAAUCCACAAACGCACAACCAAGCCUUGUUGCUCAUGGCCACCAUUGCAUCCUUGUAUCCAGAGAGCGUUUUGAACAACAUCAUGGCCGUAUUUACAUUCAUGGGCGCCAAUGUGCUUCGCCAGGAUGACAAUUACAGCUUCCAGGUUAUUCAACAAACACUUGAAAAGAUCAUUCCACCUAUGGUUGAAUCAAGCCGUCGUAAGAAUCCCGAUAAUACAGCCAUGGCAUUGCAAGUCAAGCCUAUCAUCAAGGUGUUUGUGGGUGCCUUGUUCCAUAUUCCCAAGCAUCGCCGCUUGCCAUUGUUUACUGUUCUUGUACGCACCAUGGGCGAAGAUGAAUUCCUUUAUGCCAUCAUUUCAUUGUUGCUUGAGAAAUACGCCAAUCGUGUUGAUAAGGAGGAUGAUGAAUCGGUUGCUGUGUUUAGCCAAAUGCUCAGUCAGCAAUUCAGCACCACCACUCAGAUCAAGGCUGUCAACUCUUUGUUGCUUGGUUUACUCGCUCUGCCCAACGACAAGGUUGAAGAUGGUGAUGUGGACAUGCAAGCUGAACAAACCAUCUUUGAUCUCAACGAACACAAUGCCAAGGAAUUGCGUCGAUACAAGUUGCUGGUGAUGAGCUAUGUCGACUUGUUGCUCGGCUCCCGUGGAUUCUUGACCAAGAUCAUGGAUGAACAAGAGAAUAUCAACUUUGACUUGUACCUUGAAACAGUGGAAAUCUUGCUCAAGUUGGUGUCGUACUUUGCAUCCUUCCGUGACGAGUACGGUGUCUCUGAAGGUGCCAAGAUCAGCAUCACCAAGUUUUGGCGUAACAUCCUCAAGGUCGUUUUCGAUGUGCUGGAUAAGGUCAAUGGCUUGUUGCCUUUGGAUGCAUUCGUCAAGGUGGUCACUCAUCUCAUCAAGCAUCAAGAAACAGCUAUUCGUCGCAAGGCCAUGAAUCUCUUUAAUGAACGCAUCAACAUGUUUGAGGUGGCUGAUGAGGAUGAGGAGCAAUUGCUCGUCAACAUGGUCAAGGAAUUCACUGCAGUGAUUGAAAACGAAUCCAACAUGAGCAGCGAAGAGGAUAGUGCCAUCAAUAAGCAAUCGGCCCUCAUGUGCAUCUCGUCAUUAACCAGUAUCUUGGGCAACGUUCAUCCCGCUGCAUUCGUCGACGCAUUGCCUACCAUUUUGGGUGCUCAAUGCUUGCAAUUGGCCAACACUCAAGUCAAGAUCACCAGCUUGUCAUGCUUAGCUGUCAUCAUUCAAGAGACGGGUCCACGUUCGGUGCCUCAUUUGCCCAAGUUUAUGCCAGUUGUACUUGAUAUCUUGGUGAAGAAUGUGCAAGCUGAAAAGCCCAGUCAAAUGUUGCGUCUUGCUGUGAUUGGUAGCAUUGGAACAAUCGUUGCUCAAUUGCCCCAUUUCAUGAGCCCCUAUUUGCCCAAGCUACUUGAUUCAUUGUUAUCACCUUCCAUUCACGAACACGAUGAAAAUGAUAUGCAGCGAACACUUGCUGAGCAAAAGGCAACUGAAGUCUUGACUACCAUGGCCGCUUCCAUUCCUCCUCGUGUGUUGUUGACUCCCGUCUUUGCAUGCUAUGAGACUGUGGUCAAGUAUGGUCGCAAGUCUAUUCUUGCAUUACUCUCAUUGAUUGCCGACAUCAUCCGCAACACCACACGUGAAGUUAUGACAUCCCAUUACAAGCAAUUGUUCAAGUUCUUCUUGUUGGCAUUUGAUAUUCGUCGUCAAAACCACUUUGAUGAUGAUGUGACGGAUGAAUUGGAGGAUGCAACCAUUUCGGUGUUCUUGGAUCUUGUCAUGAAGCUGAAUGAAACCUUGUUCAAGCCCUUAUUCCUUAAGGUGGUCGAUUGGGCACUCAUGGAACUUGCUGAAGCCAAGGCGGAAGAAGGCUAUGAGCAGCGUGUUAUUUUCUUCUACAAGCUUGUGGAUUCCUUGUUGGGACGUCUCAAGUCGAUCUUUGCUCCUUAUUACAACUAUGUCAUUGAUGAUGUGAUCACACGCCUUCAAGCUACCGAGGAGCCUUGCGUGCUUUGGAACCAUAUCAUGUCAUCCUUGUCCAAGUCUUUCUUGUACGACAAUGACAACCUUUGGAACGCCAGCAAGUUUGACAAGAUUUUGGAUCCUGUUAUCAACCAAAUGUCUGUGAUGGGCAGUAAUGAGACACCCGAUCAGUUCAUGACACGUAUGACCACUUAUUUGGUACCAUGCUUGGGUCAAAUGGCCGUAACAGUAUCGAAUGAUACUCUUUGGAAGCCCAUGAACCACAAGGUGCUUAUGAAGACACGCGAAGAUUCUCCCGAAAUUCGUUUGGCAGCACUCAAAUGUCUCGAAGAGUUUUAUGUUCGUCUUGGUGAAGAAUGGCUUUUGUUCCUUGCCGAAAGCAUUUCAUUCUUGGCCGAACUCAUGGAAGACGACGAUCCUCGUGUGGAGAAAUUGGUGCAACAAGUCAAUGCCCAAAUCGAGGUCCAUCUUGGCGAGUCGUUGGACAAGUUCUUUAUCUAA